AGUGCUUCCGGGGCGGGCAAAUAGGCAGCGGAUCAGUUCCGGCGCCGAGCUGCUGUCUUGCAUGUCGUUGAUCGGCUCGGUUUCUUUGUGAAAAUGUCCCGCGGUUCGAGCGCCGGCUUUGACCGUCACAUCACCAUCUUCUCCCCAGAGGGGAGGCUCUACCAAGUUGAAUACGCGUUUAAAGCUAUAAACCAAGGCGGGCUCACGUCAGUCGCUGUUCGUGGCAAGGACUGUGCUGUAGUAGUUACACAAAAGAAAGUGCCGGAUAAACUUUUGGAUGCCAAAACAGUCACUCAUCUUUUCAGAGUAACUGAAAAGAUAGGAUGUGUAAUGACAGGAAUGACAGCAGACAGCAGGUCUCAAGUUCAACGAGCUCGUUAUGAAGCAGCAAAUUGGAAGUACAAGUAUGGGUAUGAUAUCCCAGUAGACAUGCUGUGCAAGCGGAUCGCAGACAUUUCUCAAGUAUACACACAGAAUGCAGAAAUGCGACCUCUAGGAUGCUGUAUGAUUCUGAUAGGUGUGGAUGAAGAGCUUGGAGCUCAGGUGUAUAAGUGUGACCCUGCUGGUUAUUAUUGCGGUUUCAAGGCCACUGCUGCAGGAGUGAAACAGACAGAAGCCACAAGCUUCUUGGAAAAGAAGAUAAAGAAAAAACUUGACUGGACUUAUAACCAAACUGUAGAGACAGCAAUAACUUGUCUGUCCACAGUACUUUCUAUUGAUUUCAAACCCUCUGAAAUUGAGGUAGGAGUGGUUACAGUGGAUAACCCAAAAUUUAGGAUUCUUUCAGAAGCUGAAAUUGAUGCACAUCUGGUUGCUCUAGCAGAGAGAGAUUGAAAUUCGUUUUGUUUAAGACUGUUUGUUACAUAAGGAACACUGUUAAUGGAAAGCUGUAUGUUGCUGUAACAAUGCUCAUCUGCACUGUAUUUUAUUCUGUUCAAAUAAAACAGGUUUUUGAAAAUAGUGUUCUUUAAUAUAUGCAGAAAUGUUUGUGUCCUGCUAAAGACAAAGUAAUGGGUUAUAUAUAAUAAGAAAGAAAAAAAAUCAAUCUGUCUGCUUCACUUCUGAUAAACACCCAAAUUUCUCCACAUUUAAAGUAUGACUUGUAAAUUUGGAAAUUAGCAAAAUAAGAAGAUCUGGAAUCCUCAGACAUUAUAUAAAGUAAGAAGCCAAUUCAGCAUCAUAGGGGAACUGGUUUCCAAUAUGGCAAUCAGCUGGUGAAAAUACUAUUCAGCAGCCAUUUUCUUCUAUAGUUAAAUGUUGGGAUAAAAAAACUUGGUUUGCUUUUUGAGUUGGCACUUCGCAUGUGUUACAUUUGAAGAGCAACUGCCAAUUUUGAAAGACUGGUAACAACAGAAAGAAACGAAUGUUUUACAAACUCUGAAAUGUCACAAAGGCCUGUGCAGUGAAUGAAGUACUGUUGAAAUGUAAUCAUUGUUAGUAUGCAAGAUUAGCAGCAGCCAUUUGUACAUACCAAACUCCUACGAACAAAGUUAAAAACUUGAUACGUGGUUCUUUGUGGUGUUUCUCUGACCAAUGCAUUUUAAUCAGAAUGCUAAAGAUAAUGUCUCAGUUUUUCAUGUGAUGCUCAGAGAUCUUUUAUGGCCACCUAUGCUAAUAGAUUUUUAUAUGAAAAGUGGAAUCUUAGAUACUUCAAUACUCCAACUCAGUACAACUCUACCAGUCUCAGUAUUUGUGCUGAAGUCUCUGAAGUGAGUCUUUAACCCUUAACUCACAAGCAAGAAUGUUACCAGGACUUGGUGCAAAAGUAAAUGAACAUGUAAAUUGCUUCUAUCUUGGGCAGUGGUUGCAAGGUUUUUGUUGUAUGCUGACACGAGAGUUCAGAUGCUUAGUGCAAAGGAGGAUAAGAAGAAUUUUAACACUUCAAAAUUUAGAAAAAUUAAAUGAGUAAAAAUGGGAGAUAUACUAGCAAUUCAUAGGAAUAUCAGUAGCCAGAAGAUACAUGAAGAUAAAUGAUAAAAGAACCAAAAAAUAAUUGAGUACUGUUUUUAUCCCCUAGAUAAUCUGGAAUACACCAAAAGGGUGGUAAAGGUAAUUCGGAGGAAGAGUCACUUGGAUAAGGGGGAAGAGAAGGCAAGUAGGGCUAAUUGAGUGGCACAAGUUAAAUAAUACUGAAUGAUGUUGAUUUGUUUGUGACACUACCAGCGAACUAUUCACAGUUACUGUAAAUCCAUACCGAGCUUUAGACGGCAGUAAAGAGUUGAGUGUGGCUUUAGAUUACAGUUGAUUUACUAAUGGAAGAACCCGAAUCAGGUUUAUUAUCACUGGCAUAUGUCAUGAAAUUUGCUGCUUGGCAGCAGUACAUUGCAAUACAUAACUUUAAAAAGCUAUAAAUUAAAGUAAGAAAUGUAUAUUUAAAAAAAUAAAAGUAGUACAAAAAGAGAGAAAAAUAUCUAGUGUACAUAGGUUCAUUGUCCAUUCAGAAAUGUGACGGCAAAGGGGAAGAAGCUGUUCCUGAAACAUUUCAAUAAUGGAGCAAGUGAAGUUACCUGCUUUGGUUCAAGAGCCUGAUGGUUGAGGGAUGAUUUUUUUCGUGAACCUGUUUUUUGUAAGUCCUGUGACUCCUGU